AGAGCUUAAGCUGCAAAAACCUAGUACCAGAAGAAGAGGCAGGUAAAGAAGAGAAGAGCGAUGGUGCACGUUUCCUUCUACCGAAACUAUGGGAAAACGUUCAAGAAGCCACGCCGUCCAUACGAGAAGGAGCGUUUGGAUGCGGAGCUGAAGCUGGUUGGGGAGUACGGGCUUCGGUGCAAGAGGGAGUUGUGGAGGGUUCAGUACGCCCUUAGUCGCAUCCGUAACAAUGCCAGGAAUCUUCUCACUCUUGAUGAAAAGAAUCCCCGUCGGAUCUUCGAGGGUGAAGCACUUCUCCGAAGAAUGUUCCGUUACGGACUCCUUGAUGAGACUCAGAACAAGCUCGAUUAUGUCUUGGCUCUCACCGUUGAAAACUUCCUCGAACGCCGCCUCCAAACCCUCGUCUUCAAAUCUGGCAUGGCCAAGUCCAUUCACCACGCUAGGGUCCUCAUCAGGCAGAGGCACAUCAGGGUUGGGAGACAGGUGGUAAACAUUCCAUCAUUCAUGGUGAGGGUUGAUUCACAGAAGCACAUUGACUUCUCACUCACAAGUCCACUUGGUGGUGGUCGCCCCGGACGAGUGAAGAGAAAGAACCUCAGGGCUGCUGCCAAGAAGGCUGCUGGUGGAGAUGGAGAUGAGGAGGAUGAAGAUUAAAUUAUUAAUGGCUAGUGAUCUUAGAUCUUGCACCUGCUAUUAUCUGUCUUGGUAGACUUUUUAGAUAUUUGUCAUGCUUUGACUCGUAUAAUAUUUCCAUCAUUGUUUCUUGUUUUGAGGUAAAGCCUUGCCGGAGUUAUGUUGUUUUUUGAACUGUUCUUUUGAAAGUAUGAAGUUUUGCUCCAAUGUCUAUGAUAUUUUUCCAACUGAUAAUAAUUGUAGGCUUCAUGGCCGUUUUUGAAACCCGUUACGUUGGGGUUAACAUUCACAGUUUUAUAUAGAUAUCAACCUUAGAAGUUCAUAAAAUUAUAAGCACGAGUGAUU